AUGUAUAAAGAAAGUUUAAAGUAUCCUGAAAAAGUAAUGUUAUCAUUUGAUUAUUAUCAAAAAAUAAUUCGUUGUUUAAAACAACCUAAAAGUGGUAAAACAAUUGGUAUUGAUGCUAAAUUUUAUUUUUGGUGCAAGAAACAUUUUAAAAUUGAUAUCACUUCAGGAAUUGAGAUUUUAUGUUCAACGAAGAAUGGCCGUCGAAUUGUUGUUAUUGAAUCAUAUUUUGCUAUUUUAAAUGAUAUUCAUAAAAAAAACUGGACAUGGCGCUCAAAGUCUAUUAAGCUACCUGUUACGCCGACAGCUAUUAUAUCAGUCGGUUUCUUAACCCGUCUUCAAAUUGAUCUCAUAGAUUUUCGUACACGACCAGAUAAAGAAUUUCAAUGGAUUCUUCAUUGUCGUGAUCAUUACUCAAAAUGUUCGUGGGGUUAUCCAUUAGUAUCAAAGGAAGCUCAACGUGUUGCUGAUCAUCUUUCAACAUUAUUUUAUCAAUUUGGACCUUGCAAAAUUUUACAAUCGGACAAUGGCCGUGAGUUCACGGCCAGCGUCAUUAAAAAUCUUAAAAACGUUUGGCCUGGAUUGGUCAUAAUAAAUGGAAGACCUCGACACCCCGAGAACCAGGGGCUAGUCGAGAGAGGAAAUUCAACUUUAUGCCAAAUAUUGGGUAAAUUUAUGGAGGACCGAAAUACAACAUCCUGGACAACUUGGCUUCUCCCCGCAAUAUACUCUAUGAACACAAGCUUGACUCGUGGUGUAAAUAUGACCCCAUACGAAAUCGUUUUUGGACAAAAACCUAGAGUCGAUUAUAAAUUAUGGAAAUUACUGGACGAUCAAAAUAUUACACUUGAAGAAGAUUUAUCAUCUUCUAUUCGUCAGCGUCUUGCUGAGGACGAUACAUCCGAAUCAUUAUCUUCGAAUUCAACAAGUCCUGAUAAUGCUGAUCAACAUGAAACUCUUUCUUCUAUUGUUACAACUAACUGUAUACAAAAUUCAGUUCGCCUACCAAUAUCUAAUGCAACAUCAGAUUCAGCUGAACUACCACAAGCAGCUCAACCAACACGAGAACCUGAACCAGUACAAGCAGCUGAUACAUUGAAUAAUAAUAAUAUUGAAACACAACAAGUUGAUUAA